UAUAGCGCAGAUUAGCCUUCUACUACUGCAACUUUGCUAAAAUGAUUUGGUUCUACACCUAAGCCGUGUGCUGCAUUUAUAUAAUCGAAGCCAAUUUCGACAAGUCUUUUUUUAAAGUGUAGCAUUAAAGUUGCAAGAAAACGCUUCAUUAUGUCGAUACUAAUGAAGAUAGCGUGGGUUGUCUCGACAACUGUAUGUUGUUCUGGGUUGAAGACUGGACCGUGGCCCAUUUCUGAUGUAGGUUUAAAGCCCUUUUUAGGGUUCCCAGUGGCGGAUGUAUACGGUACCAACAUUGUUCCUAAUGCCACUUCCCUGUGGGGUUGCGCCUCUAAUGAGACCCUAGUUCUCUACACUGUCUGGACCGAUCCGAAAUCUAAAUUAAGCCUCAAAUCGAUCAGAUUGCCAGCGCCUCGACCUUCAAUGAGGGUUAGAUGCUGCCCGAACCCAGGAGCCGAAGAACAUUUGAUUCCAGGUGAAGUUUGUCCGUUGGGACGGGAUGAAACAGAAGACACUUUGGUCCUGCCUCAAAAUCUUUCAUGGGCCCCGGCAUCCGCACCAUGCGCGCUGACUGAGUUUCCUAUUCCGAAAUGCUGUUCCAAGGAUUCUCAAGCACACUGCCAGUUCCUUCACGAUCGAACUCCAGAAGGUAAAAUUUGCCUAUUUGGUCGACCCGUUUGUUGCCAGCGUGCUUCUGCCGAUGUUUCCCUUAAGAUUACGACUAAAGGCGUCUGCUUGAAUACAAUGCUUGUAAACACAGCGAAGAAGCUGUCAAUCUAAAGGAAACCUAAUGCAAACAAAACGUGUAUGGAGACCGUAUUCACGUUUGCAUAUCAGUAUGGGCAACAUCUGUAAUUGUGGACCGCGCGAAAAUCCGGUCGUAUUCUUCGAUAUCGUGGCGGACGAUGAGCCUCUUGGUCGAAUCACAAUGGAGCUCCGCGCGGACGUGGUACCUCGGACCGCUGAGAACUUCCGAGCCUUGUGUACGGGUGAGAAGGGUUUCGGAUACAAAGGCUGCUUAUUUCACCGAGUUAUUCCAGCCUUCAUGUGUCAAGGUGGUGACUUCACAAACAACAAUGGAACUGGCGGAAAAUCAAUUUAUGGUGAUCGAUUUAAGGAUGAAAAUUUUCAGUUGACCCACGAAGGACCAGGAACUUUAUCAAUGGCAAACUGUGGACCUAACACGAACGGGUCGCAAUUUUUCAUCUGUACUGCAAAAACGCCUUGGCUUGACAACAAGCACGUCGUGUUUGGAUGCGUUAUUGACGGGCUCGAGGUUGUCGAGAAAAUGGAACGUCUUGGUAGUCACAGCGGAAGUACGUCAAAAGCAGUCCGAAUCGAAAACUGUGGUCAGCUAUAGAAAUAUAAUGCGUGUGCAGAAGAUUUUAGAGGACCUAGCUCCAUUAUCUUCAGGAUGUGUCACAUGUGACUUCUUUCAGUGCAAGAGAUACCCCUUACUUGACAAAUCCUAUUUCAAUGCUAUCUAUCUCAGAAAAGAAUUCAUUUGUAGAAUGCCCAAUAAUAAACUCUGAACCAUUCUUUUACAUAAAAUGUGACCAGAGAUGAUAGGCGAUGUGAAACCCCUUGUGAAACGUGGUACUUUAUUCGUAAGGUUUGUCCUACGUUAGGUACGUUAAUGUACGCGGUUUAUAAGUAAUGAAACGAUCCUGAUCAUGUUUUUUGUAUCUCAUAAUUUUGGUAAGUGUUGUCUCGAGUGUUUCCCGUUUUCUUUUAAGAGGUCCAAGCUAAAUUCUAAGGACAUUUGGAAGCAUUUUCCAUCAAAACUUCUUUUGUUGUUACUUUUAUGUGUAUCAAUUCAAUCGAACUUAUAUGAUCGUGCACAUCAUUAUUGUUCUUCAAUAACAUUCAAACAUACACUCUUAUACGUUAAGUUAGGAUUUCGUAUCGUUGAUCUUGAACGACAAAAAGAUGAGCGGUUAACUCAAGGGAAAAGUGAAGUUCGAAAUUUACAAUAGGGAAUCGAGUUCUGUAUCUUUUUCAAAACAAGUGACGUGCUUCUUAAUCUAUCUGCGGACGAGACAUUGUAAUAUAAUGCUCAUAAACAAUAUGCAUAUCCUGCUGCUGCUGCUGCUGCUUCUCAUAUACAUGUAUAUAAAUCUUAAUAGUUAUGAUGUUUA